UGGAAAUGGAUGACCUCCAUUGAUAUCAUGUAUUUAACUAAAAUUGGUGAUUUAAAACAUAUUUCUCUAAAUAAUCAAGUUUGUGAUUAAACCUAAUAAUAUUGAGAACUUGGUAAUUCAUAUUUCGAGUGGUUUUAGUGCUUUUUCUCGACGGAAUAAAUAUAAAUAAAUGAGCCGUACAAUAUGACACCAAUCUCGGCAACCAGCACUUCUUAUAUAAUACCUCUAGAAGGUAUAGAGCUGUCAUAUCUGAACAAGUAUGUCAGAAACCCUCAAGGUAACACCGUACCUCUAUGGAGUACGAGGAGGCUUGACGGAGAAGCGGAGUAUUUUCAUGUGCGCAUAGUUGCUGAUGACGGUAAAGAUGACAGUUAUAUCGAACCAUCAAAAACAUACAAAUGCCACAUAUGCAAUGACAACAUACCAAUCAGAUAUUUUAAAAUACACAACCAAAGUAAUAAACAUGAAACACUUAAAAACAUCUACCAAACAGUACUAGAAAGAGUGACAAAACAGAUGAAUUCGUCACUAAUCAAUUAUGACGAAAACGAUGACCAAAAUCUGUAUUACUGCGAGGCUUGUUGCAAAAUGAUCAAAAUAGAAAACAAAAUAUUUCACGAAAACUCGUCAUACCACAAAAAAUCUGAGGAAAACAUGACAGUUAUAAAUAAUUUCUACGAUUAUUUUAUAACAAUAAACAUCGAAAAAAAAUCCGAUUUAACCGAAAACGAGAAUGAUGAAAGCGAUACAGAAUGCAACAUUUCUGAAACUGACGAAAGAUGUUCUUCCAGCGACGAACUCAACGAUUCGUCAAUUUACAGUAGUAACGUGUCGAAAAACCCUACUCUCGUAACAAAAACCUCUGAGAAUGACGAACUGAUCAUUUCUGAAAUUGACGAAUUUAAAGAAACUAGGACAGAAGAUCCAGAUAAUGAUAUUCGAAAAUAUUUGAAAGAAAUUUCUCAAAAAUACAAGGUUUUAAUACCAGAAAUGGAUGAUAAGAUGAUUAUUUUAGAAGUUAUAGAGACAGGAAAUCUAAUUCGCGUGACGCCCGAAAAUUUUCAAAGCUUGCGAUGUCUGGGUAGAAAUUAUUAUUGCCAAAUGUGUCAAAUUUGGGUGAGGGGGACUGAGCUACAUAGUUAUACUGAAGGACAUGUCAAAAAUAUUAUGAAGCCACUUAAUCCUGAUUUUGGGAGACAGGUCUCAAAAUUCACCAGCCACUGCAUCCCAUGCAACGAGGUAGUAGUCACCGGAUCUAAACUUCACUUAAACAGCGAACAACACUUAGAAUCUACUAGAACCAUGUUCUCAUUUACUGAACAUCACCGCGGGUACCCAGAUGACGUAUUAUUUUGUACUAUAUGCAAUGUUUGCGUAGAAAAAACUUACGAACUACACAGUAAGACCAAAAAUCACAUUAAAAACUUGAUUGAAGAAAACCAAAUGUACAUUUUGGAUAACGAAGAAGUAAUUUGCGAAAUUUGUACUGUUAAAACUACUGUUAGUGAUUUGAAGUUUCAUGUGUCCUCUAAAAAUCAUGUUAAGAAUAUGAAAAUGGUAGAUAAAGUAACUGUACCUAAAGUUAAGGGAAAUCAGUGUGAGAUUUGCAAUGUUCGCGUUCCUAAACGUUGUAUGAAAUUUCAUAUACCUAGUGAUAAACAUCAGGCUAAAAUGGAAGAACUAUGUACUGUUGACGAACCUAAAAAAAUAACUAUUCUUAAAAGACCUGUAGAAUCUCAAAAGAUUGAGGAAAUAAGCCCAAAAAAUAUUGUAGAAGAAAGUCCAAAAAUUGUGCCGAAAGAUGAUCACCCAGCUGUUAAUAAUAAUAAUGAUUUUGAUGAUGAAAUAACUGAUAAAGAUGAAGAGUUUUAUUACUCCCAAGUAGAGUACAUAGAUCCUUACAAAAUGGAGGUUAGGUGUAAAACCUGUUUAGUCAUCUUACCUUCUUGUUACCGUAAUAUAGUAGAGCACGUUCAGGGCAAAAAACACGCAGAAUACGUAGAAUUAUACAAAGAAAAAGCAGCAGAAUUCAAAGAUUUACUAUCAUUUAAAGAUAAUAAAGUUAAAUGUAUUAUCUGUGACAUGACUUUGAAUUACAACGACAGAAACGUUGUUAAACACAUGAAAAGCGUGGCCCACGUGAAACGGAUCGAAGAUAAAAAAAUUGAGGAUGACAAUCAAGAAAUGGCGGGAACUCAAUCUAGUUCUGACGAAAACGAAUUCGGGGUCAAAAACUGUGAUUUAUGCAAAAUAGCGAUAAAUUCGAAAAAUUUUGACUUGCAUAAAAAUGGUAAAAAACAUCAGUCUAUCGAAAACGAUUUGUUUCAAUACCACGGGAUUAGUCGUGUCGGGUCAAAGUUCCACUGUUAUUACUGCCAAGUUAAUGUUGAAAAGAAAUAUUUGGCACACAUUAACAGCGAGAAACACACACUCUCUUUUCAAUACAAACAUCCGAUUGAUACAACCGUUUUAACCACUUUCGGGCGAGACGACAAAUUUACCGAUCCAAUUGCGUACAGAUACAAACGAUUGUACGAAAACUUAUUAAAAUAUAACAAUAUAAAAAAAACAUCUGAUCUGUAUUUUUAUUGCAAUAUUUGUAAUAGUUAUGUCGAUGUGAAUAAUGAGAUUGUUCAUAUAUAUGAGAAGAAACACAAGAAGUUAUUGCAAGGGAAUAAAAAUAUGGUUUUCUAGAAUUCAAUUUCUCUAGAAGUGACUUAUUAUAGACUUCUAGAGAAAUAUUAUAGACAGCAGAUUCAACGAAAUUAUUAUUUGCAAUACUAUUCUUAUGUGUUUUUUGGAGGGCACUUGAGAUUGUAUUAAAUUUUUUUUUUUUUUAAAUUUAAAGUAUUAUGGUAGGUCCACACAAUACAGACUUUAAGUUCGUACAAAUAUCUGUACAGACUUAAAGUCUAUGUAAAAAUGAGAAGUCUGAGUGAAAAUAUGAUGACAAUAUAUUUGUGCAGACUUAUAAUUGGCUCAGACUUUUCUAAGCACCGAUUGGUUGCGCAGACAAAAUUCUAUGAAAGUCUGUGUGAAGUUCAUAUCGUGUAGACUCACCUUUAGAGUUUCCGCACACUUAAAAACUUUUAGUCGGUCGAUAGUUUGUUUGGGCUCAUAAAUCAGUAUAAAGAUGAAUGGUAGUACGCACAUUACAAAGAUCAGGUAUUUAGCCGACUGAAAACUUUGAAUGGAAUCAAGAAUUUCUUAAAAAAAUAAAUUGCCAAGCAUCAGGUUAACUGUCUGACUGACUGUUUCGGAUGGCACGUUAAACUGUAGGUCCCGGCUGUCAUUGAACAUCCUUGGCAGUCGUUACGGGUAGUCAGAAGCCAGUAGGUCUGA